GGAAGGAGUUGCGGGCGUUUCCGGCGGCCGGCGGCGCUCCGGUUACCCGGGUAAUGUCGUGGGUUCAAGCUGCCACCUGUGCUCAGAUCCCUGCAGAAGACGGGGACGUGUUUGAUGAGGAAGCCGAUGAGUCGCUCCUGCAACAGCGGGAAUGGCAGAAUCGCAUGCAGAGACGAGUCAAAGAAGGUUACCGAGACGGAGUUGACGCUGGCAAAGCAGUGGCUCUUCAACAGGGCUUCAGUCAAGGCUAUAAAGAAGGUGCGGGAAUCAUCGUGAACUAUGGGCAACUCAGAGGAACCCUGAGUGCUUUGCUCUCGUGGUGUCACCGUCAUGAUAGCGGCUCAGCUUUCAUCAGUAACUUCAGCCGUCUUCUGGAUGCAGUUGGACAGUGUGAAGAGUGUGUGCUCAAGCAUCUGAAGUCGGUCAGGCAGCAGCCCAGCGUUGUGGACAUCCUGGACUCCAUGGAGGACAUGGACCUGUGUCAUGUGGUUCCAGCUGAGAGAGAGACUAAUGACGCUGAGAAUGAAGGACUGACUCAUGAAGACAUUGUUGAGGGUAGCAAAAUCUGCAGCGAGCAUCCCAGUGGGAUGCACAGCUCAGAUUCAAAACACAGUAGCACCCAGGAGCAUGCGUGUUCUGAACACCCAGGCUUCACUUGGAUUUUAGAACAGACAACCAGUUUAGUGGAACAGCUGGGACUGUCAGUGGAUGUAUUACAACACCUCAAGCAACUGUAAAAAUCAGCUACAUGUUUCUAAUGAAAAUAGCAUUCGCAACAUUUUUAGGGCCUUUUGUGUCCUAACGAGGUAACCAAAACGUGAACUGAAUUCCACACUUUACCUGCCGGAUUAUCCUUCAAGAAAACUUAAAAUGUCUUCAAAACUGACACUUUUAAAUAUAACAUACUCCUU